GCCCCGCCUCCCGAUGAUCCCGCCCCACUGCGCACGCUCGCGCCCGGUCAGUUACUGCUGCAAGAUUCACCAGGCCUCGGCGGGAUGGACGAUUUCUCCUCAGGAGGCCCGGCCGGAGGGAAGGUGGACUCGGGGAUGAUUAUGGAGCAGGUGAAAUUGCAAAUCGCCGUGGCAAACGCCCAGGAACUCCUACAGAGAAUGACUGAUAAAUGUUUCAGGAAGUGUAUUGGCAAACCAGGAAGUUCACUGGACAACUCUGAACAGAAAUGUAUAGCUAUGUGUAUGGAUCGAUACAUGGACGCCUGGAAUACAGUAUCACGAACAUACAACUCCAGACUACAGCGAGAGCGUGCACAAAUGUAACUGCAGAACAAACGAACAAGGCUUGAACUAUACUCAUCCAAUCUGGGAGAGAGAAGAACUCAAGCAAGGGAGGGAUGUAUAACACAAAGUGCUGCAUAUAUUUCAGAAAAGUUGCUAACCUGCCUAGGUUCUAAAACAAUUGUGUCAACCUGUAUUCUGUGGACUUAAUUAUGAUGAUAAUAAAAGUACAUUAUAUUGAA